AUGGGUGGCAUGACGCGUCUUCUCCUUCUGCUGUGGGCCGGUGUCACAGUGGGCACAGUGGUGGAUCUGCAGAAGAGAAUCAUCGGAGGACACGAUUGUGAGAAAACUGAGCGUGUGUACCAUGUUCAAGUGGGAAAACUUCUUUCUAAUGGAAAAUUCGAUUUUCAAUGUGGUGGCUCUCUGAUCGGUGCCCAGUGGAUUCUGACCGCAGCACACUGCUGGAACGACACAUGGAUUAUGAGAGCACAUUUGGGUGUGCAUCCAGGUCCAGGUCAAGGAACAAUAGUGGAAGUCACACCUCAUUUCUUUAUGGACAACCAGAUCAGGAAACAUGACAUCAUGCUGCUGGAGAUAACUAAACGUAACAUUCAUCAUACAACCUUCAUACAACUUUCUGACUGUGGAAGUCCUCUCACAGUAGGUGAUGAAGUUCAGAUUGCAGGUCAUGCAUCCACAACUAUGGGCCCUAAUAAUAUAAGAGAUCAUGAUACAAGUUUGACGCUCCAAUGUGCAAACACCGAGGUUGUCGACUGUACGGAGCUCAGAACCUGUCUGGAGAACAACUACAUACUGUUCUGGGCGUCUCGGAGCUAUGAACACUGGUUGUGUUGCCAAAAAGAUAAAGUGGAUGCCUCUCCAGGUGACUCUGGUGGAGGAGUGGUGUUCAAAGGCAAGCUUUAUGGUGUCCAUUCAUUCACUGGUAAUCCUACCCAUGCCUGUGUUGAGGCAGCUGGAUUCAUGGACGUCUGUAAAGAAGAGUACAUGGAUUGGAUCUUAGACACUACCGGUAUUCCUAGACCCCAAACUCUUUGGGACAAAGUAAAGGGAUGUGUAGGAGCACGUUUGGGUGUGCGUCCAGGAAGACUGGUGGAAUUCAAACCUAAUUUCUUUAUGGACAACAAGGGCAGGAGACAUGACAUCAUGCUGCUGGAGCUAACUAAACCUAACACUGAUCAUAAAAAGUAUGAAGUCGUCUCAAAGUGUGAGUAUUUGUCUUUCCCCUUUGAGAAAGGUGAUGAAGUUCAGAUUGCAGGUCAUGCAUCCACAACUAAAGGCCCUAAUAAUAUAAGAGUACCUGGUGAAACAGUGAAGCUCCAAUGUGCAAACACCGAGGUCGUCAACUGUCAGAAGCUCAGAAACUGUCAGUCAGUGUACUGGCAGUCUGUGGAACAUGAACACUGGUUGUGUUACCAAAGAGCUGGAGUGGAUACCUCUCCAGGUGACUCUGGUGGAGGAGUGGUGUUCAAUGGCAUGCUUUAUGGUGUCCACGUGUUCACUAGUAAUCCUACCCAUGCCUGUGUUGAGGCAGCUGGAUUCAUGGACGUCUGUAAAGAAGAGUACAUGGAUUGGAUCGUAAAAACUACCGGUAUUCCUAGACCCAAAACUUUUUGGGGCAAAGUAAAGGGAUGUGUAAGUUGUGGUUAA